CAGGGUUUUUGCCUGCAACAAAAAUGGUGUUUGUGGUACAGGUUCCCUGACAGUCUGGAUUCCGGUUGUAGUCUUUUUUUUUUUUUUAAGAUACGUGGUCGCAGACGGAGAAAUGGAUGCCAGGGACAAGCAAGUGCUCCGCUCCCUGCGUCUGGAACUGGGCGCAGAGGUCCUGGUGGAGGGGCUGGUUCUUCAGUACCUCUACCAGGAAGGGGUUUUGACGGAAAACCAUGUUCAAGAAAUCAAAGCUCAAACCACAGGCCUCCGGAAGACAAUGAUGCUGCUGGAUAUCUUGCCUUCCAGGGGCCCUAAAGCAUUCGAUACCUUCCUUGAUUCCCUCCAGGAAUUUCCCUGGGUAAGAGAGAAGCUGGAGAAGGCCAGAGAGGAAGCCCCAGCUGAGCUGCCUACAGGUGACUGGAUGGCUGGAAUCCCUUCACACGUCCUCAACAGCUCCCCAUCAGACCGGCAGAUUAACCAGCUGGCCCAGAAGCUAGGCCCCGAGUGGGAGCCCAUGGUGCUGUCUCUGGGGCUGUCCCAGACCGACAUCUACCGCUGCAAGGCCAACCAUCCCCACAACGUGCAGUCCCAGGUGGUGGAGGCGUUCGUCCGCUGGCGCCAGCGCUACGGGAAACAGGCCACCUUCCUGAAUUUGCACAAGAGCCUCCAGGCCGUGGAGGCAGACCCCUCGCUGCUCCAGCACAUGCUGGAGUGAUCCUACCCCCCCCCCCCCCACCGCCACUUGCUGGGGUGUGGGUCCCCAAGUCACACAGGCUGAACCGGACUUUCACUCGGCAAGUGGCUUUGUUCUGGGUGGUAUUUUUUUUUUCUUUCCUUUUCAGUGAGCCUUAGCUGGAAGGGGAACACCUGGAUUCGACUGGCUCAAUAAUCCAACGGCUUUAAUUGCUUGAAGAUUGCAUUGUUGUAACUGCAGUUUUGAACUCCAUGGUUGCCUUUUUAACAGAGGUCCAGAAGAAAGCAAACCAAAAAAAAAACAUGCGACCACAUUGCAUGCAGGUGUCCUGCAUACAAAGCAUCUACUCUUCCGUUGCCUGGAAACUGGACUGUGGACUUAGCCCUUCAUAAUGAUGAUGAUAAUAAAAAGUGAAUUGUGUUGUAGAAUGCGCCUCA